AUGGCGUCCACAAACUUGAGGAGGACCGAGGUGACUGACGGAUCAGGAAACGUCAAAAGAGACAUGAAGCCAGUGCAAUACCCACACUCCCAAUCAAUGUCCUCAUCAGCUCUGCCUGAGCUGUCCUUUCUCCUCCCUUCUAAUGCCCGUCUCUCAAUCGCCACAGCAACCCACCCUUCUCCGUGGGAUUGGUUGCCAGGAGACAGGAUUCACUCCCCAUUGUAUGCCGACAAAGGUUCUUCAGUCGGACUGGAGAUAAUAUCCACGGAGCCGACAUCCAUUGAAAAAGCCAGUGGUCAAAGUGUAAGACUGGAUUGUAAAUUCAGUUUAGGACCUGACGACUCUGGGCCACUGGAUAUUGAAUGGAGCCUCUUGUCUUCUGACAACCAGAAAGAAGACAAAGUGGUGAUCAUGUACUCGGGCGACAGGGCCUAUGAUGACUACUAUCCCCCCCUGAAGGGUAGAGUUCAUUUUAACUCUGCUGACCCCAAGAAUGGCGAUGCCUCCAUCAAUCUGACUGGCCUGAAGUCAUCCGAUUCUGGCACCUACCAGUGUAAAGUGAAGAAGGCUCCUGGCAUUGGUAGCAGAAAGAUGCUGCUGAUUGUCAUGGUGAAGCCAUCCAAGCCCAGGUGCUAUGCUGAAGGACCCACACAAGAGGGCAAAGACAUUGUUCUAAGGUGUACAUCUCAUGAAGGCACCAAACCCAUGCAGUACAGCUGGGAGAAGAUCAGUAACGGAAAUGUACUCCCUGCGUCAGCUGUGCUGGACCCAGUGGCAGGUUCCAUUAAUGUGAGGAACGCAUCUGCCAGCGCAUCUGGCACAUACCGCUGCAGAGUUUCCAACCGGGUCGGGUCAGAAGAAUGUAUACUCCAUUUCAAUGUCACACCUCCCCCCAACACUGCUGGCAUCAUCGCAGGAGCCAUAAUUGCUGUACUGCUGAUCCUCAUCAUUAUUGCUAUCAUUCUGUUCUGCUGUUGCCGUGCCCGCCACAGGAAGAAGUAUGAGAAGGAAAUCUGCAAUGAGAUAAGAGAGGACGUGCCGCCUCCCAAGAGUCGCGUUUCGACAGCGCGCAGCUUUACCGUGGGCAGCCAGCGCUCCUCUCUGGGCUCCAUGUCGCCCUCCAACCUGCACGAGUACGCCCUGAAGCCCCAAUAUGACAAGAUCCCCUCGUCAGAAGAAGACAGACCUCCGAGCCACACCCCUAGGCCACCGCCGACCGCUCCUAGGAUGGCAGGGCCCAACCUCAGUCGCAUGGGGGCCAUCCCCGUCAUGAUCCCUGCCCAGAACAGGGACGGAUCAAUUGUUUAA